CGUUGCCAGGUACUUCAAAAUUGUGCAUAUCCAGAGCUCAAAUCAAGCAAGAAAAAUGUCUGACAUUCCUGAGGUGCAAGAAUAUACCAAUCUCUGCUUUGCAGGAUCACAACAACAGACCAACGCUUUACUUGAUGACCCAAACCUUGCAUCUGCCAUAAAGAAGAUGGUGGAGGUACAAUUGGCUGUUAUGUUGUUUCCAACUGUCAAGCGUAUUGUGGAGUCUUUCUUGGGCUCUUUAGAGCCAAUGAUGGAGAAUUUGGUGCGGAAAACAGUAAAACAGGAAAUAGAACUGGCUCAAGAAAGAUUUUUUACAAGAGAGAAGUGGAAGCCUCAUGAUGACCCACAUACCUCUCAAGUAAGAUGUCUAGAGCUACAGUUCCUGGACAGAAUCUCCAGUCCAGUUUACACUGGAAAGCAAAUCAAAGGUGAAAGCGGUGAUAGCAUUAAAUUGGCUCUUGUUGAUUCUGAUGGGAAUCUUGUUAACUCUGGCCCAGAAGCCUCAGCGAGGGUGGAGAUAUUGGUUGUUCAGGAAGGUGCUUGUCAUGGUGACAACAGCUAUAACUGUGGAGAUUCUGAGGGUGUGAUUAGUGAAAAGAAAGGAGGAAAGCCUCUUCUCUCCAGAAAUUACUUCAAAAUGAAGGAAGGCAUUGUCAAUUUAGAAGAUGUCAAGUUCAAAAAUAAAGCAAAAUGGACGAAAAUCUGUGAGGUCAAUCUAGUUGCAAGAGUUGUGGAAAACCUGAAUGGGACUAAAGUCAAAGAUGCAAAAACAGAAUCUUUCCGUGUCAUGGAUUGUCGCAGUACUUUGUAUAAGAAGCAUGACCCGCCAAUGUUAUCUGACAAGGUAUGCCGACUACAAAUGAUUACCAAAGGAAGCAGGCUACAUAAGCGUCUACUGGAAGCAAAAAUUUAUUCAGUGAAGGAAUUUUUGAUAUCACUCAACUUGGACCCUCGAAGUCUCCAACAAAGGCUCAAUGUUGGUGCUGAGAAGUUUAAAGUCAUAGUGGACCAUGCUCGGAGAUGUGAGAUUGGAGGAAAACUGUACGUGUACCAUACUUCUGGCCAUGAGAGAAAAUUUCCUGUGGUUUUUGAUGUUGUGGGACACCUUCGGGGGCUAGUCCGUGAGCAAUUAUUUGUUCCUGUGCAUGACCUUGCUGAAGAUGAAAAGGUUGAAGCCCACAAGAUGGUGGUAUCUGCAUUUGAACAUUGGGAGGAUGUUCAGUCAAUAGAUAAUGAAGCAUCUCUUGCUGAUAUCCCUUCUCAGUUUUCUGGCGGUGUUAACACCUCUAUUUCUUCCCGGAUUGAAAGUCCUAGUGGCUCCAAUUUUGGCAUUUGUAACACGAUCAGUGGAAAUGGUCAUGCAUUAUCACGUACCUCAUCACGGCAUAUGUCUCCUAUCCAUUCUUUUGAUGGCGUUGCAGGCCUUUUCCAAAUGGAUAACAUGGACAGUACAUGGACGGACAGUGACAAUGAAUAUCAGCAGCUUCUAAUUUGGAACCACGAUGAUUUCCUUGAAUUUGGGAACCCCAAUGUUGAGUCACGGGCUGAUCAAAGCACUGCUGAUUUUGGCUGCCAUAGGAAUGAUGCUCAAGUUCUUUCCCCCAGCCGUGCUCAGUUGAGAUGGAGAAUGUUGAGAUGGAGAAUGGCAGUCGUGUCUGUAAGGAAGAGGAAUAUGGCUCCAGAAGAUACCCAUUCUCAGAAAAAGCAGAGGCAUAGUUAAUGGAAUUUUACAUAGGAAAAUCUCUCACAGUUAGACAGUAAAUUGUAGUAGGUGCUGGCAGAUGAAGAUCUUUUGCAGAUAGUGUCAAAGUAGUACCUGAUUAAAUUGCCAUAGAGAAAUUUCUGUAAAUGUUUUUAGAUUGUCAGAAAAUAUAUUUGUAGUAGGAACAUGAAUCCAGUGGAUUCAUUGAAUCUUGAGUCAAGGUAUCACGUAACAUUUCUUAUGAAACAUUGUUUUCCUUGUUCCAA